UUUGGGCAAAACAGAAAAAUAAAAUGAAAAAGAAUUGUAAAUGUGUCUCUUGAGAAAUAGAGAGGACCAAAACCUAACAAAAGUGAAACCCUAGAUUUCUUUCUUCAAUUUGCAGAUUGCACAUUUUUUUUAUUCCAAUUAAUAUUUGUUCAGAUCCAAGCAGCAAACUUACAAACUUUUCUUUAAUUUUCAAAAGCUGAGAUCCUAUUGAAUUGUAGUCAUUUGCACAAGAAAUCAAUUAUUUGUGGUGAUUGUGAGUCUUCAAAAGAAGUGUCAAGAUGAUGUCAAGAUCAUAUACCAAUCUUUUAGAUCUAGCUUCUGGGAAUUUUCCUGUAAUGGGACAACCCCGCGAAAGGAAAAGAUUGCCCCGUGUUAUGACGGUUCCUGGUGUCAUUUCUGAGCUUGAUGAUGAUCAGGCGAAUAGCGUGGCCUCGGAUGUACCUUCGUCGAUCGUUCAGGACCGUAUAAUCAUUGUGGCGAAUCAGCUACCGGUAAAAGCUAAGCGUAGGCCUGAUAAUAAAGGAUGGAGUUUUAGCUGGGACGAUGAUUCGUUGUUAUUGCAGUUGAAAGAUGGGUUGCCUGAAGAUAUGGAGGUUUUAUACGUUGGUUCGUUGAGGGUUGAAGUUGAUUCGAGUGAACAAGAUGAUGUGUCACAGCUUUUGUUGGAUAGGUUUAAAUGUGUUCCUGCAUUUCUUCCUCCUGAUAUUUUGUCCAAGUUUUAUCACGGGUUCUGUAAACAGCAUUUGUGGCCACUUUUUCACUACAUGCUUCCAUUUUCAGCUAAUCAUGGUGGAAGGUUUGAUAGGUCGUUGUGGGAGGCGUAUGUGGCGGCAAAUAAGAUCUUUUCUCAAAGGGUGAUUGAGGUUAUAAACCCAGAGGAUGACUUUGUCUGGAUUCAUGACUAUCAUUUGAUGGUGCUACCGACAUUUUUGAGAAGACGAUUUAAUAGAUUGAGAAUGGGGUUCUUUCUGCACAGUCCGUUUCCUUCAUCAGAGAUAUAUAGGACUUUACCUGUGAGGGAAGAGAUUCUUAAGGCUUUAUUGAAUUCCGAUCUCAUUGGUUUUCACACUUUUGAUUAUGCUAGGCAUUUUCUUUCUUGCUGCAGUCGAAUGUUAGGUUUGGAGUAUCAGUCAAAGAGAGGUUAUAUAGGAUUGGAGUAUUACGGUAGGACUGUUGGGAUAAAAAUCAUGCCUGUGGGGAUUCACAUGGGUCAGAUUCAGUCAGUGUUGAAACUUGCAGAUAAGGAAUGGAGAGUAGGAGAGCUGAAACAGCAGUUUGAUGGAAAAACUGUUUUACUUGGGGUUGAUGAUAUGGACAUCUUCAAAGGUGUCAAUUUGAAGCUUCUCGCAAUGGAACAGAUGCUGAAGCAGCAUCCAAAGUGGCAGGGAAGGGCAGUUUUGGUGCAGAUUGCUAACCCUGCCAGAGGUAAAGGGAAAGAUUUGGAAGAGAUACAGGCUGAAAUACAGGAAAGCUGCAAGAGAAUUAAUGAAACUUUUGGAAAACCUGGCUAUGAACCAAUUGUCUUUAUUGAUAGGCCGGUAUCUCUCAGUGAAAGAGCUGCGUAUUAUACCAUAGCUGAGUGUGUUGUAGUGGCUGCUGUGAGGGAUGGGAUGAAUCUUACUCCUUACGAGUACGUAGUGUGUAGACAGGGUGUUUCUGAGUCCGAAUCUAGUUCAGAAGCCAAUGGCCCUAAAAAGAGCAUGCUGGUUGUUUCAGAGUUUAUCGGCUGUUCUCCUUCACUCAGUGGUGCAAUUCGGGUCAAUCCGUGGAACAUUGAAUCAACUGCCGAGGCAAUGAAUGAAGCGAUUUCAAUGUCUGAUUCUGAGAAGCAAUUGCGUCAUGAGAAACAUUACAGGUACGUCAGCACGCAUGAUGUGGCAUACUGGGCAAGAAGCUUCUUCCAAGAUAUGGAAAGAUCUUGUAGAGAUCAUUUCAGAAGACGUUGUUGGGGAAUUGGUUUAAGCUUUGGUUUUAGGGUCGUCGCUCUAGAUCCUAAUUUCAGAAAGUUGUCUAUUGACGCAAUUGUCUCUGCAUAUGUAAGGUCCCAAAACAGGGCUAUAUUGUUUGACUAUGAUGGUACUGUAAUGCCUCAAACUUCCAUCAACAAGUCCCCUAGUCAAGAGGUCAUUGGUAUUAUAGAUACUCUAUGCAGUGAUGCAAAGAACACUGUUUUUGUUGUUAGUGGACGAGGGCGGGACAGUUUGGGGAAGUGGUUUUCUCCUUGCAGAAAGCUUGGAAUUGCAGCUGAACAUGGCUUUUUUAUGAGGUGGUCUGCGGAUCAGCAGUGGGAGACUUGUUGCCAGACUACUGAUUUUGGAUGGUUUCAAAUGGCUGAACCUGUCAUGAAGUUGUAUACAGAGUCGACCGAUGGCUCUUCCAUUGAGAAAAAGGAGAGUGCCUUAGUAUGGCAUCACAGGGAUGCUGAUCCAGGUUUUGGUGCCAGCCAGGCCAAGGAGUUGUUGGACCAUCUAGAGAGUGUGCUUGCAAAUGAACCUGUUGCUGUAAAGAGUGGUCAAUUUAUUGUUGAAGUAAAGCCACAGGCAAUCAGUAAAGGCUUUGUUGCAGAGAAGAUUUUUGCAUCAAUGGCUGAAAGUGGAAAGCAAGCGGAUUUUGUAGUGUGUAUCGGGGAUGACAGAUCAGAUGAAGACAUGUUUGAGAUAAUUGGCAAUGCAAUAUCGAGUGGGAUCCUUUCCUCAACCACUUCUGUAUUUGCAUGUACUGUUGGACAAAAACCAAGUAAAGCCAAGUACUAUUUGGAUGAUACAAGUGAUGUUAUAAACAUGCUCGAAGCUCUCGCCGAAGCUUCAAGUCCGUCACCCUCUCCCAGCAGUUCUCCUUGAAAGUUCCCAUUGCCGCCGCUUUACAGCCAAUCAGCAGGAAUAUACACUAUACUGCUCUGUGAUUAAAAGCGACUAUCAUUUUGUGCGAGAUUCUGAAAGAGGCAUUGCAAGGCCUUGUGGUUCAUUAUUGAGGCCAACUGAGAUUUGUCGAGUUUGGUUCUGUGAAUGCAAUAGUCUGAACCAGCAUCGUCACUAUUGCGGACGAUAAUAUUUUUUCUUUCAUGAACUUGAACAUCUGGGGUUGAGGAAUUCAUUUGUGAAAACUGACUUGGAGAUAAAAUAAAGGAGCGUGUAAAAGGGCAGCCUCCGUAGGAUCAGUAUAAUUGUGAUUGUGGCCGGAACUUGACUUGCAAUUCUUGACAUGAUGGUGGUGAAAAACUGGGAACUUUUUGGUGGUAGCCUAAAUCAGGUAUUAGCUGGUUUUUAGUUCCUUGUUGAACAAACAAUAUAGGAGAACCAAUUUUCUUCUUUUAAAUUUCUGGGUGAACUUUCUUUUUCCUUGGGACGCUGAACAAUUUCUUUGCUAGUUCAAUCUGUAAAUCUAUAGUAAAAUUUGGCUCC